AUGAAUUCCGCGGGCUCACUUAGCGAUGAUGAGAUGGAGUGGGGUUCAUCCGCUGCCUUAUGCCCGUUUUGUUGUGCCUCAGCUUGCACAGGUGUGUGUCUGAGAUCUCCAAAACAUGAGAUUCACCCGCAAGUGGAUCCCCUGUGUAAUAACAAAACAGCUGCUCCACCCCAACAUUCUACCUCUGUUUCUACUGAUAACCAUGAUGUUUCACCAGAGUUAACUCUCGCCAUUAUUGAUGAAUUACUUUCUAGUGGUAGGGCUGAAGAAGAAUAUGGUGAUACUGAUGGUAGUAGUAGUAAUGGUGCUUUUUUACGUGCUUUACAAGGAUCCCGAAAUAGUUCAGGGGAAAUAACAACAGAACUGAAAGAAGCAAAAGCGCAACUGGAGACGAUUAUGAUGCAUCAUUUCCCUUCUGGUUUACCGUCUCAGGAAGAGAUAGAUGACUCUAAUGAAAAUUGUUCUCAUUCAGAUAGUAGUAAUAAUGAUAAUACUUCAUUUGAUGAUCUUUUUAAAUCUCGUUACUUCAUCUCUAAUGAGGAGGAGACGAAUAAUACUUCUAGUAAAUAUUUAGAUAUGGUACCCAAAGUUGUUCAAUUGCUGCGCCAAAAUCCAGCUCUAGCUAUGAUGCGUGCGAAAGUUAGUCAACAUAAACGCCGCUAUCAAGAGGAUGGAUUUGAUCUUGACUUAACAUACAUUACACCACAGAUAAUCGCUAUGGGAUUCCCUGCGUGGGGUACAGAACAAUGUUAUAGAAAUCCCAUUGACCAAGUAGAACGUUUUCUUGAAAGCAAACAUGGUGGUCACUAUCGUAUCUAUAACCUCUGUUCUGAGCGACCAGAGUAUGAUUCUCCUAAACGUUUUAAAGGACGUUCUAAACGAUUUCCAUUUGAUGAUCAUAAUGCGCCAUGUCCUAUAAGUCUUAUAAUAGAUUUUGUCAGUGAUGCUACGGAUUUUUUAGAGGAAGAUAGACGAAAUGUUGUAGUUGUACACUGUAAGGCUGGUAAAGGAAGAACAGGAGUAAUGGUUUCAUGUUUGUUGCUUUCACAUGAACCACUACGUAUUCCCAACGCAGAAGAGGCGUUGAAAUUUUUUGGUAAAGCUCGAACUCAAGAUGGUUUUGGAGUUACAAUUCCUUCUCAAUCUCGUUACGUACAUUAUUAUGAUCGUAUUUUAUAUGAUUUUGGUGGAAAACUUCCUCCUGUACGUCCAUUAAUUCUUUAUCAAAUUACAGUUGAUUCCGAUAUUAAACCAUCUGGACAGGUUGACGUGUAUUUUACAGUAACAGAGAAUGGAAUUGAAAAGAUUGAUUCACGUCGUGUAUUUCCUCGUCGACUCCAGAAGGAUUCGAAGGGGAUAAUAUUUUUAUUUCCAGAGGAAUUUGUUCUUCAAGGUGAUCUACGUUUCACCUUUUAUCAACGUAAUCGACUAGUAGAUGAGGAGAUUUUUUAUUUUUGGAUUAAUACAUCGCUUUGUAGUACGUACGAAAAAUUAUCAUUAAAAGAUAGACAACUUGAUGGACGACCUGCCAAAACAAAGGAUGAAGAAGAAUUUUGUAAGGAUUUAGCAGUAAGUGUGAUUUUUGUAGAAAUUUCAAGUACUACCUGUAGCGUUGAUGAGAAUGUUCGUGAUGAAAAUGGCAAUCUCAUGCAGUUGAGAGAAGAAGAAGAAGAGUGGUAA